AUGGGCGUUCCGUGGCCAGCUCCCGCAGCCAACUCCGUCGCGUCCUGCAUGCCGGCUCCCCCGCCAAUGCCCAUGCUCAACGCCCAGCACGAACGCCUCAUCCUCGAGCUCCUCCCGUUCAAAGACGCCGCCAGGUUCAAGGAGUGGCUGAAUAGCGCCUUGGUUCAGGGCUCGUGGGCCGAGUUCUGGCGGGACCUCGUCACACAACAAAAAACCCGCCACAUGGGCCCGGAGCCCGACAAGACCAAGACGGCUGAAGCUGCCAAGAAUGCCGUCAGUGGCCGCAUCCUCAAGUUCCUCGCCUACCAUCCCGACAAGACGAACUGGACCGCCGACGACCACCACGUGCGCUUCAUUGUCACGGUGGUUCAGGACAACAUGCUCAACGGCUUGUGGUCUGACGCGGACUGGAAGAAGAGGGCAACCGAGGUAUGCAGGGCUGUUUACGAGGUCCUGUGCUACCUCAAGGCCAGCUACUAUUCUGUAGAGAUGGGCAGGCCUCCCAGUUACUCACAGUGA